UAUUGUUAGAUCUGACAAAGGUUCAUUUAAUUUUUAGCUAAAGUGUAGUUUUCAUUUUUAUUUCAGUGCACUACGAGUCACGUUUACAUAGUUUUCCUUCCAUAGGCUUUAAAGUAAGGGGGCUUUUUCAACAUUACAUUUGACACAUACAUAAGGAGUGUUUGAGCUCAUAUUAUUUAAUACACCUGGGGUAACUUAAAUCCUCAUGAUCCACUUAUGAUGGAUAGGUUUGGUGCUCAACAGUUGAGCCCCUUGAGCAUAUCUCAGUCCACUCUGUGCGUGUGAGAUAUCUUCUUGCAAGUCGUUAGUCCAUCGGCCAGCCGAGCAGCAUGACUUGCAGACUGUACGUCUCCACUACCUGUGCUGCAGCGGAUCAUCAUCAAUCAUAAUAUACCGUGGCUUUUGUUCCUGGUGGGUGUAACCCACACACUGUAGCGUAGACUCUUGUCUGGUGAAGGGGUGUGCGGCGGUGGGGGGCGUGUGCACGCGUGGGCGGGUACGUACCGACGUCACCACUGGGUCCUUGCUGUCAACGCCAAAAUAAAAACGAGUAAAAAAAACAAAAAACUUUUCAAGUAGACUCAUGACAGCGGGGAAUCGGGGAAAGCCUCUCUUCUCCGGGCUGUAAUGGUUGUUCUGCCACGUUGUGGUGUAGCAGCGGAGGUUGUUUUUCUUCUUCCCUGAGCUCGCACGGGGAAAGCCUGCGGGCUGCCUCCGAUUAGCAGACUUGCUAGCUAACGUCAAGUUGGAAGAAAGUGGAGAAGACACGGGGCGAACCGGGAGCUCAUCCGCCUACACAGACGCAUGCGACGGAUAGCAGGUGAGUGAUGGAGACGAGAGAGUUGACCGUGGUAGCUGGUAGCUUUGUGGGUUUCCAGCUUCUCUUCUCAGUGGCCAGCCCGCCGCUCUCCUCCGUCAUUACCCCAGGUUAUGGACGGCUGCCUCCCACCAAGCUCACUGAAUGGAACUCCAGGUUAGUGUCCACAGUGCACGCGUUGAUUGUGGGCUUGUUCUGUUUGUACAUCCUGUGGUACGAUGACGCAGUCAACGCCAACCCUGUCUGGGGUGACCCCAGUCUCGUCAAACUAAAUGUAGCCAUAACCUGUGGUUACCUCCUAUAUGACCUGGUGCUGCUAGCAUGUAAUUGGAGCACUAUGGGGGACAGCUUUUUCGUUUGCCACCACUUGGCGGCGCUCUAUGCUUACGGAUAUGUUUUGACCCGUGGUGUCCUUCCCUACUUUGCCAAUUUCCGUCUCAUUUCUGAGCUAUCCACACCAUUUGUGAACCAAAGGUGGUUCUUCGAGUCAUUAAAGUACCCACGCUCACACCGGUUGGUGGUAUUAAAUGGGGUUGCUAUGGCUGUGGUGUUCUUCCUGGUGCGCAUUGCAGUCAUGCCAUCCUACUGGGCCAGUGUAUUCGCCACUUUUGGCACUCCGGAGUUUGAGCGGCUGGGCUUGGGUGCCCAGGUGGCAUGGAUCACCUCCUGCAUUGCCCUGGAUGUCUUGAACAUUAUUUGGAUGUACAAAAUCACUCGGGGCUGCUACAAGGUCCUGACUGGGAGAGGAGGGCGAAAGGUCAAGGUAGAAGCAGAGGCGUCAUCUUCCUUAGAUAAGAAGCACACAAACAACCAUACAGACUGAGGAGGUGUAGAGCACAGCAUUUGUAGACACAGACAAUAAGCAUGGAGGGAGGCUGGACAACCAGGAACCUUGCUCUUUUAAUAAAGCCUCAGCUUCCCUCUCACCCUCAAUCUCAGCCCCUGAUCUUCUUGAAGUCAGCUAGUGGCCUGGGCUAAGAGUCCUCAGGUUCUCACCCUGGCACAGGACAAGCACCAGCGUUUGCAACCUUUUUCACUGACAGAUUAGUAUCCUGCUGGGUGAUAGCUUUCAGACAACAAGGUAGAGCUCAAAAGAACACUUUUAACUCUGUCUGUUACUCCUGUCACUACCACCAAUCCUCUGUCAUCUCCCCCACAGCCUGCUCUCACACUCAACUUCAGCCAAAGCCCAAUCCUCUGAAGUGCCUGUGGGAGGGGGCGUGAGGGGAAGGGGAAAAAACAGGAAAGCAAUAACAGUAGAGGAGUAUAUCGCCCAUUACAUUACUGCUUAGCCCCCUUCAAAAACAACAAAAAAAAACAAUCGCACUCACUUUUGCUCCUGAACAACUCGAGGCUUCUUCAUCAUUCUCCGUCCACACUCGUGGCCUGCAGAGUGACUAAUUCAUCCGUCAGACCCGUACAGUGUUUGUGAAUCUAUAGGGCUCUUGUCUUAAACUCAUCAAACCUCACAAAAAAAGAGACAGGAAAAAAAACACCAUGAAUGCCUCUUCUACAGUAUCACCUGCUGUGGCCUCCUCGUAACAAGUGGCACCUACCUGUAUCACCAGCCAUGCCCCUCCAGCCUCGUUAUCAUUUGGAGUUUCUAUGUAAAACACAGAAUAUGCAUGCAGGAGAGACAGAGACUCACUCUCUUACACCUUUCGCUCCUAACAGGACAGUUUUGCCUUUUCAGUAUUCUUCAUGAUGGCUCUUUUUUUUUUUUAAUUUAACACUUGUCAUUAGCAAUCAAAGGAAUAUCAUUUUCAUUGCAACCCUCUGCCUCACUGGGUAGGGCUCCACAAUUGAGCUCCAGCAUUUUCGUUCUACCUCUCCCCCUGCCUUACAAAAGAGUCUGUCGAUCCCGUCCUCAUGAAUUAAUCAGCUGUUUAUUUUUUUCCCUGUUAAAAAAGGAAAAAAAUGUUUUUAUCUUUCAAGACUUCAUCUGUGUCAACAUUACUGGCUCAGAGCGACUUCUCCCUCUGUCUUCAGAGCUUAUCCCAGCCAGUGCAGUGCAGCA